AUUUAUAUUUAUAAGGGUAUUUAUUUAAUUUAACCUCUUACAGCUUUGUUUCUGAAGAAUCGAUCGGGAAAAUUAGUUUGUUUUGAAGCUCUCAGCAAAUUAAACAGUCUGAUACUCAAGAGGACUUGUGUGAAGUAGACUACUUUUUAAAAUACUUAGGAAACGAGGGAACCAUGGCAGGGAAAGUGGCAAAAUCUGUAGUCAAAACAGCUGGAGAGUAUCAGUAUCCAUGGAAAGAGAAGCUGGCAAAGUACGGAAAUGAGCUCGCCAAGGGAGUAUGGGGUUAUUGGGAGUUGGGGGCAUGGAAGGAUUUGAGUAUGAGUGCACGUCAUCGGGCUCGUCUCCGCAAGGAAGUCCUUCUUGCAGGGCAAGAUUGGCCAUACGAUCCAGCAAGGAAAGAGAUGAGAACCAAGAGAAAGGGACACAAGUGCGACAGAAUAUCUGCUGAAAAGCGGGCAAAUACUGCUGAGUUAAUGAAGAAAAUGCCUGCUAUGCUACUUGAUUACAAGAAGCGCAGAUGGGAGAAGAAGUUGAAAGCAGAGGAAGCCAAAAAAACCUAAGUCUGCACACUCUCUGCUUUAUUGUUUUUUUACUUGUUUCCUAGUAAAGACUUCUUUAGUUUUGGAAUAACUUCGUUUUAUGCAGUAUUUCGACUGUAAUGAAUUUUUGAAGCUAUAAAGUUUCCUUUACAUCUGUACUUAUUUUUCUUAAAAAGAGAUUGAUGUUCUUUUUCUUUCUUUAUUGAUCAUCAUUCAUGUUA